CUAUGGGAUUCCUAAUUAGAAAACAAACAAACCUAAGAACAAUUUCUCUUACUUAAUGACAAAACUAGGUAAGGAAGGGUUAAUUUUGUGUUGUCCAAUAAGGUAGCCCCUGGACACAUGUGUCUGCUGAGCAUUUGAAAUGUAGGUAAUUUGAAUUGAGAUGUGUGGUGUCAAAUACAAACAUAUUUUGAAAACUCAGGACGUAAAAAAGGAUGUAAAAUGUCUCAUUAGCAACUUUUAUAUCAGUCAUAUGUUGAAAUGAUAAUAUUUUGCAUAUACUGGGCUAAAUAAUUACUAAAGUUCAUUUCACUCGUUUUUUCUUUACCUUUUUUAUUGUGGCUACUAGAAGACCUUAAACUCCCUGUGUGGUCUCGCAUAUUUCUGUUGACAGAAACUGUUGACAGUGCUGGGUGAAGUGAUGACUAGAUGACUAGUCCAAGUGGAAUCAAGCAGUUCAUAGCAUGUAUGUUCGUCAGUGAAAAGCAUUCUUUUUUUUUUCGGUGAUAAGGUUAAAUAUCCAUGGGAUGACAAUUCUACCAUUUUCUCAAAGUUCUGCCCUGUUAGAUUGCCAUUGUAUUCAUAAGAACCACAGGAAAAGGCAUUUCCUCCUGAAGAGUGAUUCUCAGACUGAUUUUUCACUACUCAGAAAUGUGGCCCCAGGAUGACACAUCAAGAACAAAAAAAGUACCAACAUUUCUUGUGUGAGAUUCAAAGCCGAUGGUGUGGUUCCUUCUGAGCAGUGGUCACUGGUGUAGCUCACCCAUCUCUACCAUAGGGGUGAUGGUUUACAGCACAGCAGUGCAAAGCCAAAGGGCACCCACGAGUUCAUUACAUAAUUCUUGGUAGCAUGAGGCCAAGCGUGCAUCUGCUCUGGGGAACGGUGGGCAGGCUCUGACAGGCAGACCGAGGCGGUCAUGACGAUGUUUUGACAGAGUGUUUGCUAGAAGUUGUUUGUUUGGAAAAAGGCUUACCGGCUUUUUCCCCCCUCCUCCUUUCUCUCUCUCUCUCUUUCUCUUCUUCCCUUUUAAACACUCUGGCAUAAUACUGAAUGACUUUGUUUUUAAGCUGCCUUAGCCUUGCUUUGUGAAGAAAAAGCCUAAGUACUCUUGCCCUGUAGGACACAAGUGUUAUUUUUGGAGCAGAGGUUCUUAGCCUGAUCUCUGUCUAAACCAAUUUCUGUUCUUUGUGAGGUCGUGGUCCGUGGUGGCUCUGAGUGAUCUCCAUGGAGGGAAGCUUCCUGGCUCCGUGAGGGAGUGUUGGCAAAGAUGUCGAGAGGCCACGCCUGAAAGUGCCCUGCCCUGGGUCUCAACACAGAAGGCUCCUUCACAUUCAGAUUCCACUCAAUAGAUUGUGCCCUCAGGACCGUUGCAACCACAUGUGGUGAAGUGGUGUUCUUUUUCUGCUUAUGUCACUUGAUGGGAUGUUUUGGGUCAAGAUGACCCCCCCUUUUCUUAGCCCAGCACUUUAGGUCCCAGGCUCCUGGGAACGAGGAAAGCCAUAACUGGACAAUCUCUGCAGGCUGUUCAGUGUGCAACUGGCUGUGGGACAGCCACCGCCCACUCCGAGGGCCACAACGUGAGUCCCCGAGGACCUCUGGGAACACGUCUCAGGCCUCAAAGUUCAGAGCAUCCCCUUCUGUAACCUGCUCUGAGUCGGGCUGCUGGACAAGGAAGAAAACCUCUCCUGCUUCUCACCAUUCCUUUUCCUGACCUGGCAUUCCUAGGAGUUUACAUAGCUUGAGCCUGCUAGGAGACAUGUCAAAUUAGAAACAGUUUAGUAAAAUAAUGCCGUGAGCAACAAAUAGUAUAUCACCUUAUGAUGACUCCUUUCCUUUGGAAAGUGGUAGCUGCGUAUUCAGGGAGCAGCCGUGCAUGGAAAAGGCCCCCAUGAUGAACAAGUAGCCCCCGCAGGUGUGUCAGGCUGCUUUCCUCUCGAUGGACGGGAGCGUGACCUGUGCUGUGCCCUUCGCUGGCCGGCUAUACAUAGCCAGCAAAGCUUCUUACCAGAGAAACCUCUUUCUGUACCCUCCACCAGGCCCACCCGCAGACUAGAAGCCUCGCUGUAAAUCCUCUGCAGGCUACUGCACCUGGCAAGGGAAACCGGCCAACUGGCCCCAGACCUGACUGGGUCCCCACCACAGCCUUCCAGCCUUCCUUUUCUUUUCCCGGGAGCAUACCCUGUGUUCAGCCAUGGUCGACACGGGGGCCCUGGACAACCUGAUCGCCAACACGGCCUACCUGCAGGCCCGGAAGACCUCGGAUGGAGACAGCAGGGAGCUGCAGCGGCGGCGCCAGAGCCUGGCCCUGCCCGGGCCACAGAGCUGCACCCAGCUGCGCCAGUCCCUGCCCCGGGACUUCAACGGCCUGUGCGAGCAGCAGCCCGUCGGCCGCCGCCUCUUUCGGGACUUCCUAGCCACGGUGCCCCCAUACCAAGAGGCCGUGGCCUUCCUCGAGGAGGUGCAGAGCUGGGAGCUGGCCGAGGACGGCCCCGCCAAGGGCAGCACGCUGCAGGGGCUGGUGGCCACUUGUGGGGCUGCCUCUGCUCCAGGGCACCCGCACCCCUUCCUCAGCCCAGCGCUGGCCGCCAAGCGCCAAGCAGCCACCUCCGAGGAAGGGCAGCUGGCCCUGGUAGCACAGGCCAAGGCUGAGGUCAUGGCCUUCCUGCAGGCCCAGCCCUUCCAGGAUUUCCUGGCCAGCCCCUUCUAUGACCAGUUCCUGCAGUGGAAAGCCUUUGAGAUGCAACCGGUGUCAGAAAAGUCCUUCAACGAGUUCCGAGUCCUGGGGAGAGGUGGUUUUGGGGAGGUGUGUGCUGUCCAGGUGAAAAACACUGGUAAGAUGUAUGCCUGUAAGAAACUGGACAAGAAGCGGCUGAAGAAGAAAAAUGGCGAGAAAAUGGCUCUUUUGGAAAAGGAAAUCUUGGAAAAGGUCAACAGCCCUUUCAUCGUCUCUCUGGCCUACGCCUUUGAGAGCAAGUCCCAUCUCUGCCUGGUCAUGAGCCUGAUGAAUGGGGGAGACCUCAAGUUCCACAUCUAUAGUGUGGGCAUGCGGGGCCUGGCCAUGAGCAGGGUGGUCUUCUACUCGGCCCAGAUGACCUGUGGAGUGCUGCACCUCCACUCCCUCGGCAUCGUCUACCGGGACAUGAAGCCUGAGAACGUGCUUCUGGACGACCUCGGCAACUGCAGGCUGUCUGACCUGGGGCUGGCCGUGCAGAUCCAGGACGGCAAGCCUGUCACACAGAGGGCUGGAACCAAUGGUUAUAUGGCUCCUGAAAUCCUAAUGGAAAAAGUGAGUUAUUCCUACCCUGUGGACUGGUUUGCAAUGGGAUGCAGUAUUUAUGAAAUGGUUGCUGGACGAACACCAUUCAAAGAUUACAAGGAAAAAGUCAGUAAAGAGGAUUUAAAGCAAAGAACCCUGAAAGAAGAGGUCAGAUUCCAACAUGAUAACUUCACAGAGGAAGCAAAAGAUAUUUGCAGACUCUUCUUGGCUAAGAAACCAGAGCAACGUUUAGGAAGCAGAGAAAAGUCUGAUGAUCCCAGGCAACACCCUUUCUUCAAAACCAUCAAUUUUGCUCGCCUGGAAGCUGGCCUAAUUGAGCCCCCAUUUGUGCCAGACCCUUCAGUGGUUUAUGCCAAAGACAUCGCUGAAAUUGAAGAUUUCUCUGAGGUUCGGGGAAUUGAAUUUGAUGAUAAAGAUAAGAUGUUCUUCCAAAGAUUUGCAACAGGUGCUGUCCCUAUAGCAUGGCAGGAAGAGAUUAUAGAAACGGGACUGUUUGAAGAAUUGAACGACCCCAACAGGCCUGCAGAUUGUGGGGAUGGUAAUUCAUCCAAGUCUGGUGUGUGUUUGUUAUUAUAAGUUGUUCUCUCCACCAGAUAGGCAGCAGGAAUCUCAGCUGACAUAAUCCUCGAACGUUCCUAACACAUGAAAAUCUGUUGAAUGAGGACUGAUCAAUCAGGAGGGGCAUUUCAACCACAGAACAGUUCAAAGGACAGGUGAGCUCACCACUAGGACACAUUUUUCUCCCCUCUCUCCUUCCCUUCCUCUUCUCCUCUCCUUUCCUCUCCUCUCCUUCUUUCCCUCCUUCUUUCUCUCUCUCUCUCUUUCCCCCCACUUCUUUCUUCUUUCUCUCUUUUUUCAUAAAGAUGAGUAAAGUCUCAGUUUUCACUGAGGACUGGGAAAAGGAACACUCAGGUUUAUUUUGAUAAACUAAAAGCAUGAGCCCUCCACCAUCAUGUCCCUGAAAAUUACACCAAGUCCUAGGAAUAGAGAAUGGAACGUUGUGGUAUACUCAGAAAAUGAGCAUUUGCAAUUCUUGGUAAAUAAUCAUUUUAGUUUUUCUUUGUUUAUAUCCUUUCUUCCCUUCAUCUUUCAGUAUUUCUUCUGCUUCUGUACUUAUAAAAAGGAUUUGAAAGCUGGAAAUAAAUGUUCCUGAUAUUCUCCCCCUAAAAAGGAGUGGAUUGUAAUAUAUUGGCAAUAUUUUAAAUUACAGAAUAAUUUUUAAUUUACCGAGAGUCUCUUUUUCAUAUUUUUGAAAUAUUUUACCAUUAUAAUGUUGAAGUAUUUUAAAUGGAAACAUUCAUGAGAUCUGUGAAUUAAGGUAUUCUGUAAGUUGAGUCCUUUAGGUAACAUGCUACAAAUUGCUUACAUGUAUUUUUCCACAUGCCAUUGGUUCCCAAACUUUGCUGAACUUUAGAAUCACCUAGGGAUCUUUUAAAAAUAUCAAUAUCUGACUCCUACCCCCAUAUUUUAAUUGAUCUGGGGGAGGCAGCCUGGGCAUCUAGAUUUUCAGAAGCUCCCCAGGUACUUCUUUUUUUUUUUUAAGAUUUUAUUUAUUUACUCAUGAGAGACAGAGAGAGAGAGAGGCAGAGGGAGAAGCAGGCUCCCAAGAAGCAGGGAGCCCGAUGCAGGACUUGAUCCCAGGACCCUGGGAUCAUGACCUGAGCUGAAGGCAGACGCUUAACCAUCUGAGCCACCCAGGCGCCCUCCCCAGGUACUUCUGAUGUGUGGCACGUUUGAGAACCAGAGCCAUGUAGGCUGAAACGCUGUUAUGUAUGGGUUCCUGUCUUGGUUGCUCAAAGUUUCAAUUAUACAUUUGACAGCAACUUUUCAAAUACCCAAAAAACAUGUAAUUUUGGCAAUUGCAGUAUAUAUGAAACUGAACAUCAUCUAUAUUCAUCUUGUAGACUUUCCUGUCCUUGUACACUUUAGUUCUUCCCACAUAUCUUGUGAAGUAGACUCUUGGCUAUUUCAAGACCUGAAGGAGAAAUAUGGCCUUGGCAGCUGAUUUGAACAAAUGGUAGCCCUCAGUUCAAGUGGCUGCCCAGCCAGUACUUUACUGUAGAAUUAGCACUUCUCAAGAGCACAGCCGAAGUGAAAAUUCUAAGGGUGUAAAAAAAUAUUCUGGACACAAUUAUAAAUCUGAGAUGAUUAUACUUAUAAAGAAAAAGGGGGGGCACCUGGCUGGCUCAGCUGGUAGAGCAUGUGACCCUUGAUCUGGGGUUGUGAGUUCAAGCCCCAUGUUGGGCAUAGAGCUUAUGAAAAAAAAUAAUAAAUGAAAUCUUAAGAAAGGAUAAAAAAAGAUAUAUGUGUGCAUAAGGAAAUCUCACUUGUGCCAGUGGUGACAAACCUGGCUGAAAUCAUUUUAAAAGUUUUAUCUCUUGGGCACCUGGGUGGCUCAGUUGGUUAAGCGACUGCCUUCGGCUCAGGUCAUGAUCCUGGAGUCCCGGGAUCGAGUCCCGCAUCGGGCUCCCUGCUCGGCAGGGAGUCUGCUUCUCCCUCUGACCCUCCUCCCUCUCAUGCUCUCUGUCUCAAAUAAAUAAAUAAAAUCUUAAAAAAAAAAAAAAGUUUUAUCUCUUGAGUACAGGAGCCAAGAAUUGCAAAAAUACUCGUCAAAAAAUAUUUGGUUAACUGGAACCCAGCCAACAGUAAUCCUCAACUACAAGACAGCAUUGGCCAUAUCCUGCACAGUAAGUAAGAAGUAAGAAAUCCUGUCAGACUUGAGUCCUGGGUUAGUGCACCUGCUACUCACCUUCCUGCUCAUUCUCUAUCCUCAGCAAGCUCUUGAUGCUCCAAAUACUGCCCUGGAGAUACUGCAGAGUCCUGGGUCAUCAAAGCACAUACAGGUGUGUCCAGCAGAUUCUUUUUCCUAAGGCAAGAAAGUAGAUUAAAAUUUGAUGAAAUUCGUAACAAGUCUAUUUUAACAAAAAACAAAUUCACAGUUAACAGAAAUCCAACUAACUAGAGCAUUCCAAGAGUAGAGGUCUUAGUAUUUAGCUUUAUAAUUAGACAUUUAAAAGUAAUGUCUUAUUGCAUUGGUUCCUUAAUGUGAAUGUCUAUUGCUUUUGAUAAACUUUAAUACAAAUCUGUGUUUCAUUUCUUUUUUUUUUUUUAAAGAUUUUAUUUUAUUUAUUCAUGAGAGACAGAGAGAGAGAAAGAGGCAGAGGGAGAAGCAGGCUCCCAAGGAGCAGGAAGCCUGAUGCGGGACUCGAUUCCAGGACCCUGAGAUCAUGACCUGAGCUGAAGGCAGACGCUUAACCAUCUGAGCCACCCAGGCGCCCUGUGUUUCAUUUCUUAAAACUAACUCAGGAAAGUAAUUGAGUAAGAUAACUAUAUUCAAACAAUCACCAAGUAAAUAUGUAUUGAGCUAAGUUACACAUUGAGCCCUAUCCUGGACAUUUGGGGGACACCAUUGAGAAAUAAGACAACUGUCUAAGAGAGGCUAUAUGGUGUAGGGUAGAAUGCAGACUCCUGUCAUUGCUAUUAUUCACAUUUUAAAUGAGAAACUGGGGCACCUUGGUGGCUCAGUCAGUUGAGCAUAUGACUUUUGAUUUCAGCUCAGGCCGUGAUCUCAGGAUCAUGGGAUCAGGCCCAGCAUCAGGCUCUGUGGUCAGUGGGGAGUCGGCUUGGGAUUCUCUCUCUCCUUCUCCCUCUGCCCUCCUCCCCCACUCCCUCUCUCUCUGAAAUAAAUAAACAAAUCUUAAACAAAUGAGAAACUGAAGCUCAGAGAUGUUCUGUAGCUUGUCCAAGGUCACACAGCUUUUCAGGGAGGGGUGUAGCAAAGACUAGAAAUAAUGUAUAUGAAGCACAUAGCACAUGACUUGCAUACUGUAGGGGCAUAAUAAAUUGAAGACUAUAGUCAGUAAGUAGCAGCAGGUCAAAUGAUUCUAGGUCAGGGAACACACUAGUAAGAGCUAAACUUGGCCACCUUAGUUAAAAGGUCCAAAGGAGGUGAGAGAUGGAAGAGAGCUGCGUCCCAGGGAGCAGUUUAAAAGGAAAGUUUUUAUGCACAAUGAAAGAAAAAACUAAUUAGAAUAAAUGGAGACAUUGGAGUCCAUCCCAGGCCCCAUCCUCAUCACAUGCUAGGUACAGGACCCACCUGGGCCACUUCAGAGUGAAGGAGGCUUCUGGCUAAAGGGUGGGGCAGGUGAGAGACAGAGCUGAUCGGGGAGAUUAAAUAUCGGAGAUGGAGAGAAAUAAGUGAAUGUAGAGCCAUCUGCGCAGGUCGUGGGUGGGAUUUAAGUAAAGACUUAAAUAAGACGAAACCAGAUGUUUCACCAAAAGAAGAAAGUGAUUUUUGAAAGGGGAUGAUGCUUGCUUAUUUUCCAAAAGUGAAAUUGAGCUUAUGUUUUUAUAGAGAAGUUUCAUAAACAUAAUGAAACAUCAGGGGAAACAAACACAUAUAUGAGUGAGGUAUUCAGACAAAGAAGAACCAGAGUGAAGUCAUCUUUAUUCUUCCAGUUUGUCAGGUUAUCUGGAAUGUUUGUUUCCUACAGGAGGAGAUCGGUUUAAAGGAGAUGGAUAAGUUGCAGGAAGGGACAUAGAGGUACCAUCAAAGCAGAAGGUAUGCAUGAGGUUUUCAAAGAAAACAGUGAUGAAUUCUUGAGUUUAAGAUUGCACGCCACAGGGCGCCUGGGGUGGCUCAGUUGGUUGAGCGACUGCCUUCAGCUCAGGUCAUGAUCCUGGAGUCCUGGGAUCAAGUCCCACAUCGGGCUCCCUGCUUGGUGGGGGGUCUGCUUCUCUCUCUGAUCCUCUUCCCUCUCUGUCUCUCUGUCUCUCAUUCUCUCUCUCUCUCAAAUAAAUAAAUAAAAUCUUUAAAAAAAAAAAAGAUUGCAUGCCACAAAGAGUUAAAAAAUACUCUCAAUUGUUUAUUUUCAAUACCAGGUUUAAGAUGUUUUUUAUUUAGGUGACCAGGCAUGGAAGUGAAAAUUCAAUUAAUUGGCUUCUUAGAAAUUACACGUCUUGAAAUCAUGAGAGUCUACCUGAUCAAUUUUUAAAGGUUAUUAUAUUGUAUGUAUCAUUAGGGCAUUUUAAUAAUAAAACUUGAUUUAUGUAAAUUGUUUGGACAUGAAAACAAGUGAAAAUACAUAAUCCUUGCUUCUUAAAGAGAUGUCCUGGGCAGUUUUAAAUCUUAAGAGUUUAAAAAAAAAAUGACACAAGGAAAAAAAAUAAAUGCAAGAAGGGGGGUGCCAGGAAGACUUAUCAUAUUAGCCUUUUUUUUUUUUAAAGAUUUUAUUUAUUUGACAGUGAGAGAGACAGCGAGAGAGGGAACACAAGCAGCAGGAGUGGGAGAGGGAGAAGCAGGCUUCCCGCGGAGCGGGGAGCCCGAUGCGGGGCUCGAUCCCAGGACCCUGGGACCAUGACCUGAGCCGAAGGCAGAUGCUUAACGACUGAGCCACCCAGGCACCCUCAUAUUAGCCAUUUUGAUUAUCAAAAAAUUUUUCAAAGACUUACUGAGUUUUCUUGGAUCAUCUAGGAUAAAUAAUUGCAGUUAUUUAGGUUUAGUUAUUUGUUCAAUACAUACCGCUACCUGCGUGUGCCAGGCUCCAUUUUGGUUUGGGGAGAGAUGCUUGGUUUUCUCCCUUUACGAUUUUUAGAUUGGAAAGUGCUUUUGUUGCCCAUGUGUGUCAGUAAACCUUUAUAUCUCUCUGGGUAGAGAUGAAUUUUGUUCUUCCCACUUUUUCUCAAGUUUUCUGUACUGACCACAUUUUUAUUUUUAAAAUCAGGAAAAAAAUGUAUUAUUUAAAGCAAGUCGGGCUCCAUCAUAGCUGGACCUCGGUGUGUGGGGCAUGCCCAAGCUGGCUCUGGCAAUAAUCAGUCCCUGAGGACCCCUUUCUGGCUGAAGGGUAUCAGCCUGGAUCCUGGGAGUUUCACCAGACCUGACUCCUGGUCUAAACCAGCAGAGUCCCCUUGGACAGAGCCAGCAUUUGGUGCCUAAAGUUAGGCCAGAUUAUUGGUUCCACAAACUAGACCAUGAGCUGUGGUGGUUCCUGGUGAGGUUUUACCAAACCUCAGAGAAAUGAAAGCAAGUACAAUGCAGCAAAGUUUCUCAUGCACUAUUUACUUCAAAAUAUCUUUUUAUGUAGCAGCUCUUUCUGCCAUGGGUCCUAUCCCCAUGCUUUAAUAAAAUCACCUUUUUGCGCGCACACACACACACAUACAAAUCUUUUUAUGAAGCAGCUGAUAUUUUAUUUA